GAAAGACAACCCUCCAGCUCCCCAAACAACGGCAGUUUAUUCAAGAAAACCCCAUUUCACCAAAUCCUGUAUUAAAGAAUUUUAUCUGUUCCUUAGGUUAAACUACUUAGUGAGAUCAAUGCUAAUAUCCUACUCCUUAUACAAGAUCCCUUCUUCUUCUUUCUCUAUAUCUCCAACUAUUUCGGCUCUUUGCAGGAGCAAUCAUCUGGGCUUUUCUCCUUCUCAUGCCACGGAAAACACCACUCUUCUCCUCCGAAGCAUUUACCAUGAAGCACGGUGGCCGGAAGAACAACAACUUCUCCAUCUUUGUUGUGGUUUUCUCUGUCUUCCUGUUUGGAUGCUUCAUGUACAACGAAGAUGUGAAGUCCAUUGCCGAAUUCCCUUUUUCUCGGCCGAAACCCGAUCAAGAAAUUAACAACGGCAACAGCAAUGCGGAUGAGCUGAAGAAUGUGGAAAUCCCAAUAGUGAAAAGUUCAAGAACGAUAGUUGAGAAAGAAGUCGAGAGCUCGACGGAAGAUGAUGAUAAUGCGCAACAACAAAAUAGUAUCGCAAUAGAGCAAGUGGAGCAGAAGAAGAUAGAGUUGCCAGUUGAGGAGGAGGAGGAGGAUAAUGGUGGUAAUGCUAAUGAUGAUGAUGCCGAUGAUGAUGAUGAGAUUCAAUUGCCGCCUGAAGACUGCGACUUAUUCACCGGACAAUGGGUACUUGAUAACACCACCCAUCCAAUAUAUAAAGAACCUGAAUGUGAAUUCCUUACGGCCCAGGUCACUUGUCUCAGGAAUGGAAGGCAUGAUUCUUUGUUCCAGAAUUGGCGGUGGCAGCCUCGAGAUUGUUCUUUGCCCAAGUUUAAAGCAAGGUUACUCCUACAGAAGUUGAGGAACAAGAGGCUUAUGUUCGUGGGCGAUUCAUUGAACCGAAACCAGUGGGAAUCAAUGGUUUGUCUAGUGCAAUCAGUCGUUCCUCCGGGCAGAAAGAGCUUGAACAAAACGGGCUCUUUAUCUAUUUUUAGAAUCGAGGAUUACAAUGCCACAGUGGAAUUUUACUGGGCCCCGUUCUUGGUGGAGUCGAAUUCUGAUGAUCCAAAUAUGCAUAGCAUCUUGAAUCGUAUCAUCAUGCCUGAAUCAAUUAAGAAGCAUGGCAAGAACUGGAAGAAGGUGGACUACCUCAUCUUCAAUACGUACAUUUGGUGGAUGAACACUUUCUCCAUGAAAGUUCUACGAGGAUCAUUUGAUGAAGGAGCAACAGAAUAUGAUGAGAUAGAGAGGCCUGUAGCCUAUGGUAGAGUUCUGAAGACGUGGUCCAAGUGGGUCAACAAAAACAUUGAUCCCAAUCGCACCAAAGUGUUCUUUAUGAGCAUGUCCCCUCUUCAUAUCAAGAGUUUGGAUUGGGACAAUCCGGACGGAAUCAAAUGUGCAAAGGAGACGAGGCCAUUGCUGAACACGUCUAUGCCACUCAACGUUGGCACCGACCGCAGACUGUUUGUGAUUGCAGCAAAUGUGACUCGUUCCAUGAAAGUCCCUGUCAACUUCAUCAACAUUACCAAACUCUCGGAAUACCGCAAAGAUGCCCACACCUCUGUCCACACCAUCCGGCAGGGCAAGAUGCUGACCCCGGAGCAACAGGCCGACCCCGCCACUUAUGCUGAUUGUAUUCACUGGUGCCUUCCGGGAGUGCCUGAUACCUGGAACGAGUUUGUGUAUGCGAAAAUUAUUUCUCGCUCUUGACAAUUUUUGUGCAACCGGCCAAUUUUUAUUUUUCUCAUGGCCGGGAUCAACCUCAGAUACCCUCUAGCCCUCCUCAGUUUUCCCGUUGCUAGUGCUGUUUAUUUUUUAGUAUCUUUGUUUAUUAUUCCAUCUUUGCCAUGCAUGCGAGUAAGGUGGGCAGUUCGCCGAAGUGGACGAGAUCUAGCCCGGCCGAUUAGACAAAGUCGAUCAUGGCUAAUGUUUCUUGAUGAUGCCUUGAAAUGUAUAUUGGUUUAGUUUUUAUGAACAAUAAACACGCGUAGAUUGUAAGUA